UUCACAAGCCCAGUCUACCUCGUGUUGUACACGGUGAACGUUGGUGCGAUGCAGCAGCCCGCUUUUCAAGCCAUGGCCGUUAGCGCAGCUUUGCAGCAGCAACAGCAGCAGUUGCAACAACAUCAGCUGCAGCAGCACCAGUUUCAUCAGCACCAGUUGCAACAACAGCACCUGCAGCAGCUACAGCAGCAGCAGCAACAACAACUACUUCAGCAGCAACAGCAGCAGCAGCAGAACCAGCAGCAGGCCCCUUCUCCCGUAAUAGUCGCUCCUGCGACCGGCUCCGACAGCAUCGUUUGCAACGGCGUGAGUAACGGCAAGCUCCGUCCCGAUCACAUCAAGCGGCCCAUGAACGCGUUCAUGGUGUGGUCGCGCGCGCAGCGGCGCAAGAUCGCGCUGGAGCACCCCAAGAUGCACAACUCCGAGAUAUCCAAGCGGCUGGGUGCCGAAUGGAAGCAGCUGAACGAAGAUAACAAGCGACCGUUCAUCGACGAGGCCAAGCGACUGCGAGAGCAGCACCAGAAGGACCACCCGGAUUACAAGUACCGACCCCGACGCAAGGUCAAGUCGCCCAUGUCCAAGAAGCAGGACCAGCCUUACCCGAUGCAGCCGAGCGCCUACAUGGCGGACCAAUGCAGAGCCUACUUCCAUCAAGGGCUGGCCGCCCAGAUUCACGCUUCAAACGCGGCAGCGGCUGCAGCCGCAGCCGCCGCUGCUGCUACGGCCACGCCGCAGGCCCUCACGAAGGACUCGCAGCAGCCGCAGUGCUCGCCGCACUCGACGUCUUCGAGCCCGACGUCGAUACCUGGUUCCUACCCGACGUACCCUCCGGACGUGAAACCGUUCGCGCUGGCGCCCUACCAGUCGGCCGGUGCUCCCAUGGACAUGGAAAAGUACUCAAUGUUCGCGCAACACGGAAUGUUUGCAGCGCAACCACCUUCGGCACUUACAUCUGCUGCCGGAUAUGCACAGGCGUACAUGUGCGGCUAUGCUCCCGCCUUUCCUACGACCCACGACGCGUUACGCAUGUUGUAG